AAUUUUUUGGUCUUACCCGAACGCAUUCUUGAUGAACUUAGUGAUGGUGUCAAUGGUACUUCUCCUCCCAUGGAUGUUUCCUCUCUAGUCAUGGAUGUCACACCAGCCCCUCAAUUGGUUGCCAUUCCACCAUCUUCUUCACCUUCUAUGCCACGUCGAUCUUCACGGGCAUCCCAUCCACCUUUAUACCUCACUAAUUGUCAUUGCAAAAUGGUUGUCCAAAUUAUACCUUCUAUGGCAUGA